GAGAGAAGAGAGAGAGACAUACGUGUGUUGUGCAUUCUUUCCUGUUUCCUGCGGUGACACUUUGCGCGUGCCAAGUGCGUCCCGCUGGACGACGGCACUCGGUGAAAUUCUGUGCCGUGCGACAGUUGAUUUCGAGGACAGGACCAGAGAGUGGGACGGUGAGCGCGGUGCUCGACGAGCUCGGGUAAACGAAACGUCUCCUUGCGAGGAGAGACGAGCCGUGGAGAACGGGAGGGCGCGAGAGAAAGAUCCGCGAGAAACGACGGCAUCGCCGCCGCCGCGGACGACAACGACGACAGGCUGGUACAAUUGACAGGGAAGAUGGCGCGAGCCGCGGACGAGGAUCGCUGCUGACCCAUUUUUUGCCGACGCGCCAAAUCUCCGGGAGUCGGGAGCCUCUGGUCGAGGAACGACGGAGGAGCAGGAUCACCGUCUCCCUCGUCCCCGCUGUCGCUCUCGCUCACAUCGCGGUCGAGGGAGUGGAGUGCCACCGUGUGCCGUGUCGCGGAGCGUGACAGUCGUCGAGGAGUUAUACACUCGGCAGCAGCGGGGAAGAAAGCCGUAGGAGAGAGCGGACUCCGGGUUGCGCCGGGAGGGUGCCCUCUCGCGCGCGCGCCUCUCCUCCUGCGUGUGCGUACAUGUGUGUGUGUGUGGCCCGUUUUUCUACCGUGUGACUCGUGCGAGUGUGCGUGCUCCUCGUCGGCUCUCUACAUCUCUCUUCAGAAGGAUAUUAAUCAACCUCGCACGGCACCCGGUCGCGUGCCGCGAGGGAGAGAAAGAGAGACGUCGUCGUCGUCGUCUAUUUGGUUUGAAUUUCCAAAGAUCUAGUCCAGUUACGGGUUAGCAGGAAGGUGGUGGAUAACGCGAAAGAUCCGCUCCAUCGUUGUCAUAGCUUGACUGAAAGACAGGCGUGUGCGGCUGUCAGCAGCAGCAGCAGUGUGCGCGUAGAAGGUGGCAAAAAUUCUGAGGAGACCGGAGCUCGGCGGAGCCCUGGCAGGCUCGGCGGCGGCUGCGGACGCGGACGGAUCUCGACGAAGACGCAGCAGUCUUCUGGAUUACUUCGAGCCCCGUAGAGCCCUGGCCGGCUCGAGUGCCAGCGCGGCAGCUAAGAUGGGCAACAAUGCCGCGACCGCUAACAAGAAGGUCGACGCCGCCGAGAGCGUCAAGGAAUUCCUCGACAAGGCGAAGAAGGAGUUCGAGGACAAGUGGAAGAAGAACCCAACCAACACCGCCGGGCUGGACGACUUCGAACGCAUCAAGACUCUCGGUACCGGCUCGUUCGGCCGCGUCAUGAUCGUCCAGCACAAACCCACCAAGGAGUAUUACGCCAUGAAGAUACUCGACAAGCAGAAGGUGGUGAAGCUGAAGCAGGUCGAGCACACGCUCAACGAGAAGAGGAUACUGCAAGCGAUCAGUUUCCCGUUCCUGGUGUCGUUGCGCUUCCACUUCAAAGACAACUCUUACCUGUACAUGGUGCUGGAGUACGUGCCUGGUGGCGAGAUGUUCAGCCACUUGCGCAAGGUCGGCCGCUUCUCGGAGCCGCACUCGCGCUUCUAUGCGGCGCAGAUCGUCCUCGCGUUCGAGUAUCUGCACUACCUCGAUCUGAUCUACCGGGACCUCAAGCCGGAGAACCUGCUGAUAGACUCGCAAGGCUACCUCAAGGUCACCGACUUCGGCUUCGCCAAGAGGGUGCAGGGCAGAACGUGGACUCUGUGCGGCACACCCGAGUACCUCGCGCCCGAGAUCAUCCUCAGCAAGGGCUACAACAAGGCGGUUGACUGGUGGGCCUUGGGUGUGCUCGUCUACGAGAUGGCCGCCGGUUAUCCGCCCUUCUUCGCUGACCAGCCGAUCCAGAUCUACGAGAAGAUCGUCAGCGGGAAGCCACGCUUCCCCUCGCACUUCGGCUCCGACCUCAAGGACCUGCUGCGCAACCUGCUGCAGGUCGACCUCACCAAGAGGUACGGCAACCUCAAGGCGGGCGUCAACGACAUCAAGGGCCACAAGUGGUUCGCCAGCACCGAUUGGAUAGCCGUCUUCCAGAAAAGAAUAGAGGCGCCGUUCAUACCGCGCUGCAAGGGACCAGGCGACACCAGCAACUUUGAUGACUACGAGGAGGAGACUCUGAGGAUCUCGCUGACCGAGAAGUGCGCCAAGGAGUUUGCCGAGUUUUGAACGCGCCGCUACCGACUGCUCGCACCGAGAGGUGGAUACACGUGUCAUCGUCGUCGUCGUCGUCGUCAUCGCCGUCGCCGUCGUCGUCGUGGUCGUCGCGUCUCGUCGGAUCGACACGCGACGACGUUCCUUCGUCAUCGCCGUCGUCAUGUUGGUGGUUCGCUUCUUUCGAGAGAGUAAGAGAGCGCGAGAGAAUGAACGAGGGAGUUGAGAUGGAGAGAAAGAAAGAAAGAAAGAGAGAGAGAGAGAGAGAGAGAGAGAGAACGAUGCAUGUGUGUAAGAGAGAAUGUGUGUGUAUGUGUACUUGCGCGCGCGCUUGUGUCGAACGAAAGCUCUCUGUCGAGAACGCGAACAUAGAGCGAAGCUUUCGAGGAGGCGAGGUCUUUCUCACACGAGGCAGAUUCCGACGAAGGUUGUGUGUUACCCGAGAGAUAGCGGCAGAGAGCUGGAGGAGUCCGUGGUUGAGUAUAGAGAGAAAGGGGAAGGUUACACGCGAAUGGCAUCGGCACGUGGCGAUUCGCCGCGCGCUCCGUCGCGUCUCGCGACUGAACUUGUUCGUCGCACACACCUGCGGAGGGUGGAGAUAAAUCGCGGCGCGGAAUUGACGCGGUUGACGGGAUCGUUUGCGUACACCCCCCGCGUCGCUGGGCGUCCAAAAAUCAUCGGAGGCGUCGUAAUGUUUGGUUUGUUGUCGCGUAUGUAAACGUCAACACGCCAAAACAUCACUUUUUACAUGGAGAAAUCUCUUUUUUUAGCCGGUUAUUAAGUCGAUUCGCGUUAACGUAAUAAGAAACGGCUGUAUACUAUACAUAUACAUACGUAUAUAUAUAUAUACAUAUAUUUGUGUGUGUCUCUCUGCCAUCCCCGUGUCUUUAAUCCUCCCCUUCUCCCUCACCCAAGAUAGCUUUAUUAUCCCCGUCGGCGGAGGAGGCCGGUGUGUAAAGUUUGUUCUCAAUGAUUAACUGUUAUCAGCGUCGGAAAUGUCACUGUACCUUGUACAUAUAGUCUGCCUCUCUCUCUCUUUCUCUCUCUCUCUCUCUCUCUUUCUUCGCUGUCUUGGCGUACGACGUCCUCCCUCCUCCGCUGCUUCUCUCCCUUAUACGUUCUGCCUGCAUCGUGUUUCCCCGCGUAGCCUCCAACCCUCCCUUGCAACCCUCGCCUCCUCUGUCCCCCGUCCAUCCUCGUUUUCCUUCGCGACACACACACACACACACACACACACACACACACACACACACACACGUGAUACUCGAAUCGAGAGGUAGAUACUACGCAACAUACCGAAGAGAAUCAUAUCGUGCAUCGUUGUCUACUGUUUGUCUCUAUCUUCUUUAUUCGUCGAGAGAAAAUGAGAGAGAAUGGGUGAGAGUAUGGGAGAAGAGUGUGAGCUUGCGCGAGAGAGCAUGAUAGGAAGAAAGAAAGAGAGAGAGAGAGAGAAAGAGAGGGUACGAUUCGAGUACUCGCCGCGUGUAUGAUUCGUAUUUAUAUAACUAGUCGCGACACACACACAAACACAUAUAUAUGGACACGUGCAUGCACACACAUACAUCCACACGCAUACACGAUAAUCCAAAGUAAUAUUUACAUAUAUGAGAAACACGUUUUUUUUUCCAUCGAUCGCCGAUGGCGGACCAAUUGGAGGAGAAGACGCGCGAGCUUCUAGGUGUUCGCGGUGCGACUUGCGCGUCUCACGUGAGAUAUAUUCCUCAACGUGUGUACGGGCAGACCGGAUAUGUUGUUUCGUCGAGACAUUGCGUCUCGUCGAAGAACGCGAUUCUUCAUCAACCCCGCGCUUGUUGGAUCGAACAGCGUCCGACUCUCGUUUCUCGUUAUCUGCGCAUUACACUAGAGGAUCAGAGGCGUAUGAUUCUCCUACGACGUGAGAUAAAAACACGAAAAGAAACGAGCGCGACGUGACACACGCAUACAUACGCGCGCGCGCGCGCGCGAGCAUUCUUCGGGUAAGACAAACGCAAACACACGCGCGAGAUACUCGCCACCUUGAAUCGCGUAUGAGGAAAGAUGUUCGACAGCUCGGGAACAAUUUAGGUAAAAGUAUCACAAUUCCCGGACGCGUACCUAGUCUUGGACAUUUUUAUUGCUCUGGUUUAAAUACUCUCUGAGAAAAAGGCAUGGCGGUGAUAACUAUACUAGAUUAUAGUUGUCAUCUAUAUAGUUGUUAUUACCAUGUAUUUUUCCCUGAGUGUGCAAAUAUUCACGAGAACUGUAUGUAGUUAUCUGUAUAGCUGUAUAGAUCCUUUAUAUGGUUGUCCCAACCAUCGAGCUUUAGUUGCAAUAGUUAUAAAAUAGUCCACUAAACUAUAUACAUUGGUUCCACGUACAAAACUCGUAUAGUUAUGUACAGUUGUUAUCCAUACAGUUGCCAUUACCAUGUUUUCUUCUCUGAACGUAUGAAUCUUCCAACUUUCAACAUGGAAUGCACGUACAAGUUCAAUAUAUACGCGAAUAUAUUGAAAAAACAAUUUCGAUUCGGGUAACUGAAUGAAACGGGAGCCAAAUGAAAAACUCGCUGACGAGAAAUAUUAUCUCUGUUAUUGUUAUCGUAAACAUUCGUUUGAACGUUCGUCAGCUGCUAAAACUCGGUCGCAGCAACUGAGGGCAAUUGGCCGAGCAGAAAUCUUCCGCAAGAAUGUUUCUGUUCCUGCAACCGAGUCAUUCAUCUGGUCCUCACAAGUAAAAGGAAAUUCAGCUUGUUUUUUCCGUGUAUGCAUGCAUAUUUUACGUCGAAAGUUUGAAUAUUCGUACUCAAAGACUAAAAAGCAAACACGAGUGUCCAGGACAAGGUACUCUUAAUUACCUUAACAUGACACGAUUGCCGCGGCGCAAAGAUACCCUCUCAGUGUGUCGUAACACCAAUGUUACAAGAAACGCGUUAUCAAGAGCGAUGAGCGUGAAUCUAGGUCGUUCCUUCGUAAACAGAAGGCGCGCUAGUCUCAAAGCAGUGUGUGCGCGCAAAUAUACUAAUAAUAAUAAUGAUCGGGCGCGCGCGAUCGAGAGAUGUUUUCGCGCUAUCAUCGCCAGGCCGAUAAUCGCCGGCGUAAGGAAAAUAAACGCGACCUUGGCUGGCGAUCUCGACGAACGGAGGAAACGUGAACACCAGUGGACGGAAGAACGCGACAUGUCGUAAUCACGCAUAAUAACCAGCGCCGACGGUGCGAGUCGUCGAUAGGUGUCGCGAACACGCGAACGUCGAUUCGCGCCAAGAUCGCUCGGUCGCGAAGGGGAAGGCAGGGGGAUAGAUCGAAAACGGCGAGAGGCCGCGAUUGCAAGUUCGAAGAUUGCAUUAGCCACGCGCGAGCGAUCGUCAUCCCUCGGGAGGAGCGAGCCGACGGCUCUCGAGACGCGAAACACUUUCGCGCGUUGACGUCAACGGUAGGAACGAAGUUUCGUUAAUGAGUAAAACGAUCGUUGAGAAUUGGAUUGGGCACACGCCAGCCAGCGUAACCGGGAUCGAUUCAGCGAUGGGCUAUCACACACGGGCCCACACACACACACACACACACACACACACACACACACACACACACACGCGCGGGCGCGAGCGGGCGGGCGGACAAUGCGGAGGAAAUGCGGCACGUAAGUGCGCUGUUACGAAACUUUUAGUAUUCUUUCAGCAUUCGCGAUGAGCCCAGCUUCGUGGCGUUGCGGCCGUCUCGACGCGAGUUUUCCACGAGUUCCGUACGAGAACCGGUUUUGUACGGGCCGCUUCGUUUACCUGCUCGCCCGAACCUUCGCGCGUUACGAUUACGCGGACGAGGCCGUGAACGCGCUGUGUAACGCGCGUCGUCAAAUUGCUCGAAAUUACGUAAAAUUUGGGACGGGGGAGGGCAAGAGGGCAAGGACUCACGCGCGACACGUGGACGACCGUUGAUAAGUAUCGAUACCGCGCGAAACGAAAACGACGGCGUCCUCGUGAUCGAGGCGAGUCAUUAGUUUCGUCAUGAGCAGCGCGCGAUCGACGAACCGGUCGAGAGUCCGAGGAAAUCCAACGACCGAGUCGCGAGGCUAUGUAAUUUUCUGUUAAUAAAGAUGCGCGGAAGGAAAGAGAGAGAGAGAGAGAGAGGGAGGGAGAGAAUCUAUUGCACGUGGCGCGAGUGCAAUUUCGCGAAUAGAUUGGACAGGAGAGGGAGGAGAGAGAGAGAGAGAGAGGAGUCCCUUCCGUUUGCACAGCGUAUAUUUUUCUCCCUACCUCCGACACGCGAAUUGUGUACACACGCUGCUCCGUGUUCGUUUGCGCACGUCGCGGCGUUACGGAUGAAUUAGAAUGCGCGAGAGAGGAAACGGCACACGGGGGCGCGCGAAAUGAGUCGAGCACUUGGCGCGAUUUUCAGGAUAACGAGAACUUGGCCGGCGCGGUGGGCAAUCGCGCUCCUGUUUAUAUGUUUCUAGAAAUAAUCGAGGCGUGUUGGGAAUAAUAGAGCGGAGCCGUUUUUGGACGAGCUGCGUCAACGCGAUGGUUCCGCCGGCUCUAUUUCUACGACCGUUGUCUAAAUACAGCACAGCCAGCGGAGGGGGAGAGAGAUAGGGAGAUAGAGAGAGAAGAGGUUGCGACACUCUCAUGUAUAUUUAUUUUUAUUCUGUACAUAUUUAUUUAAUUUUUAUUUUAAGAAUUUUUGUACAUACUGUUUAUAUCACGUCGUCUAUCAACGGGAAAAUUUACCUUACGAACAAAAAGAAAAAAAAGAAAUAAAUUUUCCUACAUAUAAGGAUAACGAUUCUUUCGAAUUGAAACCUACUUCCCCUCGAAGCGAAACUAAUAUUAACCCUCCGCGUACACACAAUUAUGGUAAAUGGAGGAGAGAAUCUUGUGAGAGAAUUAUCAAAGGAGAAGAGAAAAGAGUUUUUCUAUUGGAUCAAGAAUUCCUUCGAGUUCGACACUUGCUCUUAUCGAAACAAAAUUUAUUAACCUUCUACUUGUAACAAUGCGCGGAAUUACUUGAACUUUCGAGGUGAUUUCUGAAGGCUACACCUACUCACUUUUUCUUGCAAGACUUGCAAUCAACGCUCGCGGUAUUUAGUCUCAGAAGUAUGAAUAAUUAAAUCUGGAAAAAAAGGAACGCGUUAUCAGUAAUACUAAAAUACUUACUAAAUCAACUUUUGCAUCGGAUUCGGGGAAAUUUCAAAAUAGUUCAAAUCCGUUUGCAGAUUUAGAUUUUAUUGCGCUACUAUCUUAUAGCUGAGAUUUUUUUACGUUUCUGGAAAAAGACGUGUUCAAAAAUAUUUUGACUGUUAAAAUAAUUAUAUGGUGAUUCAAAGUUGCCCGACGGACCUAGAUUGCGUUAGGUCUCAAAAAUCUCGAAAAUGUGUCCCAAAAGACGCGGAGAGUUAAAAAGAAAAGUGUUGCAACCUUUUACCUGCCGACUAUACACGAUUGCAGUGAGCGAAUGGACGAGUUGGGCACUGCGAUUGCGGCGUUUUUUAUAUUUUCUCGCUUUCUCGUGCUUAUUUCUUUCUUGGCCGAGUACCUUUGUUAUUCUUAGUUUCUUUAACUCUAGAAUUUUCUCUGAACAAUUAAGUCUUACCCGGACCAACUCUUCAAACUUUAUCGACUUUAAAAACACGUGUUUUAUUGGUUUAUUAUAACUUUUUUCAGCACCUCAUUGAGUCGCAAAAAUUAAUAGAUUUAUUUUCUCUGAUAUUUUCUGUCUUUAUAAAAAAAAAUCGAAUUUUGAUAAUUUUUUCGGAAGUUAUGGGCAAAUGAAAAUGCGCUGGGUAAAAUUUAUCUCGUGUUUAGAGUUUAUGUAACGUUUGAAUGUUUAGAGUUCUAGAGUUAUAUAUAUACACACAGAGUGUCUUACAACCACCGUAAGAUAUUUUAAUAGCGUAUUCUGAAGAUAAAGUAGAGUCGUAAAUCCUAAUACAAAAAUGUCGAGGCUACAAUAGUUUUUAAAUUAUAACCGAUUAAAGAUUACCAGUAAUAUCGCGUAGAAUUCGCGCGCACAGGUUCGUAGUUAUAUAACACGCACAUCGUUUUAUUAUUUGUUAUCGACUUCACAAUUAAUAUUGAUUUUUACUACACAGCUGAUUCCUAAAACACAUUAAUAAUUAUUAUUGCUAGAAUUAUUAUAUUUAAUAGUUUCACAUUUGAGGAACAAGGAUUUUAUAUAUUUUUGACAUGAAAAUAAUUAUGGAAAUUAAUCAUAAAAAUACGAUUUAUACUAUUUCACUUCUCAUAAAACGUAAAAAAUAUAAAAAUAAUAAUAAAUUAUUUUCCAUGAUUACUUUUCAGGUCAAAAACGCAAAAAUCCUUGUUUUAAGUAUAAAACUAUUAAAUUUAAUAAUUAUAAUAAUAACAAUAAUAAUUAUUAAUGUUUUCAGGAAUCAGCUGUGUAGUAAAAAUUAAUAUGAACUGUGAAGUCGAUAACAAAUGUUAUAACGAUGUGUGUGCUACAUAACUACGGGCUUGAAUUCGCGUGAAUUCUACGCGAUAUUACUGGUAAUUUUUUAUCGAUUAUAAUUCAAAAAUUAUUGUAGUCUUGACAUUCUUAUAUUAGGAUUUUUAACUCUACUUUAUCUUCAGAAUACGCUAUUAAAAUAUCUUACGGUGGUUGUGAGACAUCCUGCAUAUCGUGCGAGUUCUUCGUUGGUCUCCUUUGAUUAAUCGAUUCUGUCGUAAAUACUAUGAAAAAAUUACGACAACGCAUCUUUUGCGACUCGACUCUGCGUAGCAGGUUCUCGCACGUGCGAUAUCGAUUACGGACACUUCAUGUAUUUUAUUUCAUUGUAAAUCGAUUGUAAAUACCGCGAAUUAUAGAAGGCUCAUGCCGCAAUUGAACUCGUAUCGGCUUCCACGCCGAUAAUUCUGACUUUGUGAAAGAGAUCAUCCGCUUUUUUGCCGACUCGAUUCGCGGCGGACGGAUUUGCGAUAUCGCAAUCUGAUGCCUCGAAAUUGAGCUCGAUACAAUUUACUCAUACUUUAACUCUGUUGAUGCCCGAAGUUUCUUUUUUUACUUUCCUUAGCAUCAAAAUAGGUUAUAUUAUAAUAUCAAAAUAAUUUAGAAUAUCAAAAUAAUUAAGCGAGUAAAUUGUAUCAUUAAAAUUAAACUUACUUUGCUAAUUUAGCUCCUGCUGCGUUAUAGAAUUCAAGGUUUAACAUAGGGCUAAAAUUUUGACUUGGCAACUCGCUAUAUAUUUUAUUUAGAAAAAUAUCUACGACGGUCCGUCGCGUUUCGCUACUUGUCGAACGGUAGAUUUCCUUCUGUCUUUAUUGUUUUUAUUCUUUUGAUUAUUCGCCGCCGCUGCACAAUUAUCGGCCACCAAGAACACUUGCACUUUCAGAGAUAUCGAUGGCAUUGUCAAUAACGAUCUCAGGCAUCUCCUGAUAGUUGGCCAUCGCGUUCUGCUUCUCGUUCCGCGAUCGGGGCUUCGACAAUGCCCCGGGACCUGCAAUAUUCGCCGCGCAAAAUGGCGCGUACCGUUAACUCGCAUGCCUGUGUUACUCUUGUGCAAACAUUGCGACACUUCACUCGCCUCGGAAUCCAGCGAGAACUCGCGUUCUUUCGCGCAACCCAUUCGCCGAUCGAUGCGUCUCUAAAGCCGCGCUCCGCCGCAGUUUAAUUCGCUCUCUCAACUCGUUCCCGUUCCUCCCUUUAUUCGAUUAACCUUACGGUAGUCGCGGAUACCUGCGAGAUGCUGAACGUUUUGGUGCGGCACAAAGAUUAGAGAUACGCGCCGUAUUUCUCUCCCCCACCUUCUUAUCAAAAAUAACUAUCAAAAAUUGUUAAUAGUGAUACAAGACUAUUUUUUAAGGAUAUUAGUUUCUUUCUAAUUGAUAAAAUGUUUAAAGAAAAUUUCACUUUUCUUCCAUAAAAACGCGCGACUAACGAAAGGUUAAGGGUUAAAGACGAUUAGGGAAGUCAGUCCAAGGAUUAUGUUGGCUACACGUUUGGUUCACGUAUUUAUUGUGAAAGUGAUAAUAGAAAAAGGAUCGAAAAUAUUCUUUUCACGGAUACUUUUCUAUGUUCUAAAAAUAACAUUUUGCGAUCUUCUUGCCGUUGUUGUUCUCACAAUCAAUACAUGAACAAAACCCAUCAUGAUCUUUGGGCUGUUCCUUAUAUACGUUCCUUAUGUACGUUACGUCGCGACUUUUGUUCGACAGACGCUUCGUAGUCUCCCCGAGGGCGAUUAGUCCCAGUCCGAUCUCAAAAUUAGAGUAAUCAUUCAUAUGGCGGACGUGUACCGCGCGUACAAUUUUUCCAUCUUCGGUGCGCGAACGGCGAGAUGACAUCGAGACACUCCCCUUAAUAACAUCACGCGAGCUUCGUCGCGAGUAACUGGGUUGAGACCUAGACGUCAUAUGUUGCGGGCGCAGACACCUAGCUGCCUCGUGGAGAUUGCAAUUCGCUUGCAUUGUGUGCCGGGAGACGCGUGACCUCGCGGGAUGAUCCACGAGCGUUCGCGUUCGCGAUCGCGUUCACGAGAUGAACUCGUGUCACGUGCGAAUCGUAUUAUCGCCGUAAAUAUUACGGGGGAAUUGUAUUCAAAUAUUCUUCGAGAGAAGAGAACAGGAAAUAUGACCAUUAGACACAAAACGGUGUGCUUGGUUAACCAGAUCUCCCAGCUCUAAAUCCGGGAUAUUUCAUGAAUGUGCAGAUGGGAAAUCACUGAAAAUUAUAUAUUUACAUAUAUAUAUAUAUGUGAAACAAUACUUAUAGACAUAUGAACAAUAAUUUAACAACAAUGAAAGCCCGUGUACAAUAAAUAUAAAAAUUGUUUACCUUCUUUAAAAUUAAAAAGAAGAAGAAGCAAAGCUGCAUUUGCCAGAGCUAUGCAUUUUCAUGAGAACGUCUUUUUUGUCAGAAGGAUUUUUAGAAUCCUUAAAACUGGAGUAAAUCGGGACAAUUUGACCGAAGCCGAAAAUGGGACAUUUGGUCAUUUCAAGUUGGGCCAAAUCUGGAUGUGCCAACCAGAUUCAAUAUUGAGUCGUUCGAUACUAAAUAUUCGUAUUUAUAAAGACCAAAACCAUAAGGAUGUCCAGAGUUAGAUGCCAGGGUUAUUAGUGGUCCAGGCAUUGAACCACUACUUUUAUCUUAAAUGUAUCGCUCGUGAUCUCUCAGAAAAGCGACAUUUUGCGCACGACGAUAGGAGCGUCAUUAGUUAUUAUCGCAUUCGCAGGACUUAGCGGAAGGCAAUAUCGACGUCUCUGAGGGGUUUCACGUCGAAACAGGCAUAAACGAACUCUAAAGAUGUUGACUAGGAUCCGCAUUAAUAGUUGUCACCUGAAAUUCGUCUCAUGUGAGAGACUCAGAUUUUCAUUCAGAGUUAGGUCCAAGUUUUCGCAGUUGCGUCAUAUAACACAUAUGACAUUGAUAUCCGUAAUCACAUUUCGCCCGUAAAACUCUCAUCUGACUCCGAACUGAGAUCUGAAUAUCUCACUUGAGAGACAAGUUUCAAGCAGUGACUGUUUAAUAUACGCCUGAAAUAUCGCCCGGAGGAUUGGACGGACGAGAAAAUUCGCCCCGUCAUGCAAACGCACACCGAUCUGCAAAAAAAAAUCGAGCAUCAUCUUUUUUGCCUGGCAUCUGUCGCGCUUCUUACCUGUCGCAUCGCGCCGGCGAUGCAUUUUCUCGGAAAAAUCUCUGAUCCAGAAAGAUACCGGUAUUCCCCGCGAGUUCUGCUGAUAUACAUAAACCUCCUCGCGAUGUUGUCCUCGAGACUCUUGCGCUAGUGUGCUUCAGAGUCGUGAGUCGCUUCUGAUUAACGAGACAGCUCGAUCACGAGCGCGGGUGUAAGGGAAGAGCUGGCGAUUAUCGGCACCUUUAAUCGUGAAGCGCACGAUCACUUCAUCCGGGUGAUUAUGGUGGUUACGUUAAUGUUUUAUCGUCGACGUCGCACGAUAAAUAGAGCAUACGUCCGCGGGGCAAGGUGGAAUUAUCGUCGCUUUCUCUCUCUCUCUCUCUCUCUCUCUCUCUCUCUCUCGUCGUCGCGCGCUCGAUAAGGAUUUUCGUUGUCCUUUCUUGGUGAGGUAUCCCGACCAUUUGCGGCCGCAAGAUAAUGUGAUAUCGAUCCGGCUCGUCGCGAUAUUAAGAACGGUUUCCGCAGGGACACAAUGGGAACGUAGGCGCGUCGCAUUGCAGCACGAUGAAAUGGGUGUCCGUCCCGUCAUGCGACUGACCGAUCGAUCGAGAUUAGCGGAAAAUUUAUUCCAUUAAUUCGCGCCCGGUAUAAUCUCGCGAUUUCAUCUUUCAUGAACGACACACGAGAGACGCAUACCGGUCUCUACAUAUCGUCAUAUAAACAGUUUCACUAUAUAGUUCGCACAUACUCGGAGAAAGAUACUUGUGGUGGCAAUUGUACGAGUCUUUCUUAUUAUGCAGUUAACUCUUUAAACGAUACGUUCGGAGAAGUUUCGUGAUAUCAAAUGUUAAAUUUGAUUUACUUAAACUACUAUUCUUUUUUUAACUCACAAUCAAUACAAAUUAGAAAUAUUUUGUAUUUUUUUUUUUUCAAAACUUCUCAAAGAAAAUAAUAAAGGGAAAAGAAAUCUAUAUAAAUAUGUUUAUUAAGAAAAAAAAGAAAAUCUCGUUCUCACGCAGUUAUCUUAAUAAAUAUUUAGUUUAAUAAAUUAUUUUGCACAGCUAUUACAACUAACUGGUUACGAGAAUUACAGAAUAUACAGUUCUUAUAAUUGUUCAGGUUAUUGCAAUAAUUACGAAAUUAUUGAUUAAAUUAUGUACAUUAAUUCUAUAUGCAAACUUCAUACAAUUCCAACAACUUAUAUAGUUGCCAUCAUCAUGUCUUUUUCUCCGAGUGCACAUCUCCGAUGUUUAUAGCUCAUCUCUGUCCGAAAUAUACGAAAUCGCACUCUCUUCGAUAACGUGUCGCUCCACGUGUGAAGCAAAAAUGCCCAAGGCUAAGCGAUUCCACGGUAAAUGCAUGAUAAAGUGUAGCGACAUAUAAUCGCGUAAGAAUUUUUUAUACACUGCUUCGCGGCGCGCAUUUAUUUCUCCGCGGAUAUGUUCGCAAUCGACCGAUCAUGGCGACGAAAUCGAGUGCUGCGGGACGUGUGUCACGUGAAAUAUAUAUAGGUAUGUGUGUGUGUGUGUGUAUCCCAUAUUAUCAUUAAAUAUCGAAAUGAAAGGUAAUAGAAGUCAAGCCGAGACGAGAAGUCUUUUGCCAUUUUUUAUACGAGCAAUAGUUAACGAGUUAUUGAUUAAGUUUGAUGCUUAGCGCGCUCUAUAUACAACUCGUUGACUAUAGCUCGUAUUAAAAAUAUGGUAAAGGACUUUUCGUUUCAGUUUGACUUUUACCAUCUGUUAAUUCAAUAUUUGACGGUCGAUAUGGGAUAACCUGUAUAUUAUGGCUGAAUUUAACGCUCGUCUCUGGUUUUCCAAUUGGCGCCACGUGGCUCAAAGGGUUGUUGCACUUGCAAGGGAAGCUUUAACCGAACGCCCGCCACUCGCGGGCGUUUUCUGUAAAUAUUAGCGUUAGGUAACCAGAAUAGUGUCAUAGUGUUCACCGCAGUGUGGCUCUCCUCCGGGAGCGAUUUUUUCCAUCCCCCGAAUACCUUCGCGCUUGUCGGCUUAAGCGCUGGUCGCACCGACGCCGGUUUUCUCGCGGAUUUCACAUCUCAGGCUCGUCCAAUCUCUUGGGUUUGACUUAACCCGACCCUCUGCCUCUCCAACAAAGAUCCGUGCUUUCGACGCGCGUUCGACACACUGUACGCUGCGUUUCCAAAUGUUAUUUAUGUCUAAUACGAGAAUAGUGUACGAUGUCGACGAGAGAAGCGAAUUUCUUUAAUUACGCGAAUGACUGAGUAUGUAAUUUGUAAACGUGGAAAUAUGUACGUGUCGAGAAUAUGCAGCGAGCAAUAACCGAACGCUACGGGUUAGACUCGAGCGGGAUUGGGAGACCCGUAGGGUCACCUUCCUCUCUUAUCUCCGUCUCCUUUCUUCUUUUCUGUCUAUCGAUGCGUCUAAGCUGAACUAGAAUCUCCGGAAAAAGGGACGACAAAUCGAUAGAAACGAGACUCGACCUGUUGACUUUCCUUGCUCUCAGCCCCUGGUCGCGUUGAUGCGACCGGCGUUCCUCAGACGUGACUCAUAAGCGCUCUGAAGAGAGAGAGAGAGAGAGAGAGAGAAAGAGAAAGAGAGAGAGAAAGAGAAAUAAUUACGCUUGUUCGCACGCGCUUGUCACGCGCACGGCCGAAACAACACGAAGAUAGGCGCACAGGGACAAUACAACACGCGCGUACCUGCGAAUUUCCUUCGACUUCCGUUGUAUAUUACUUGUCCCCGCAAUUACUUUGAAAUUCAGUGUUGUUCGUACCUCACGUACAGAUGUACAAGUGUCGUCCUAUUUAUACGUAGUUUAUUCCUCGGUCCAGCGAUCGAUCGUUACGCAAUCGCCGUAUGUGCACGCAUGUGUGCCGUACGUGUACACUCACGCAUGCACGUACGCACGCAUGGACGUAUACGUGUGAACACACACACACACACACACACACACACACACACACACACAGGCAGACCAUGCAUGCAUACAUACGCACGCACGCAUACACGCACGCAUUGCGCAAAACACGCGCGGGUCUGUGCGGAUAUUCUCGCCAGCGUAUCGGGAUGUUCUUCUUCUCUCUCGUCGAAGAAAUUCGCAAAUUGCACGAGCGAACGCACGCACGCAUACGCGCCGCCUGCUGCCUUUAUUAUAAUACUUCGUCUCUUGACUGCGUCUAUUGUCUCCCCAUAUCCGCCCGCGACCUCGUGCAGGCGUUUAUUGAAUUGAGCCGACGAAAGAAUUGGUCUCGAAGCGCAUUUACAUCGGAAUCAAUGGCAGCGAGCUGGGCCGGGGCGUUCUUUGCGGCGCGACUUCCGUAAACUGCAAUAUUGAGAGAAUAACUAUAUAUAUUUCCUAGAUUCUCCUAGAUAGCUAUUUAACAAUGAACACUGUAUUUUUUGGCACAUGCAAUAUCGGUAGUAAGGACACGUUAGAAGCGACCGAUUUGCUCGAACGGAAUCGUCGUAUUGUCGUCCAACACCCUCCUCGAAAA